AUGCCGGCCGAUUACAGCUCGACGGCGAGAGCAUUAGCUCUACCUAUUAGUCCGCUCGAAUCUCCGCCCUCCUCUCCAAUUCAACAUGCAGAAAGACCACCAUGGUCAAGACGUAUAUCCUCCGGUGUCCGACGAGCAUACAAUUCCGCCUCGCCAUACUCCAGCCAGCCCACUACAUCCUUCAAAGAUCAAAUUCUCCGCAAGGCAGAUAAAUUACAACGAAAGUGCAUUACAGCAUGGCAGAACCUUUCUACUUUACAAAAAUGUCUUGCCAUUGUAGCAGCAAUUUUAAACAUUGUCCUGGUCGCCCUCUUCCUGGUCUAUCAACAUCAAAUCUUUGCUAGUCUUGCCCCAUUCGCAGAACGAUGGCGGGAUCUGCCAGGAGGAUGGAUGAUUCUAUGGGCCAUGACAUUCGUUGCCGCAUUUCCACCCCUCAUAGGCUACUCCUCUACAAUUACCAUUGCUGGUUUCGUCUAUGGAGUCCCCAAAGGCUGGGCUAUUGUGGCGACCUCAACAGUAGCAGGCUCAACCUGUUCAUUCCUAGCUUCUCGAACCAUCCUGUCAACCUACGUACAUCGCCUCGUAGGCAAAGAUAAACGUUUCGAAGCCCUAGCCCUCACGCUCAAACACGACGGUAUCAAAAUCCUAUGCAUGAUCCGUCUCUGUCCACUCCCAUACUCCCUCUCAAAUGCUGCCGUCGCCACAUUUCCUACCGUACAUCCUCUCAACUACGCUCUUGCUACUGCUUUAGUAACCCCCAAACUUUUCAUCCACGUCUUCAUCGGCAGUCGCUUGGGCUCACUCGCCGGCAAUGAAGGAAUGGACACUUCAACCAAAAUGAUCAACUAUGCCAGUAUAGUCAUUGGAGGCGGGCUGGGUGCCACAGUCGGCUAUAUAAUCUACCAACGCACCAUGGCGCGCGCGAAAGAGCUCGAAAUAGAGGAGCUCGAAGCCGCGAAUGGCGACGUGGCACCCGGAAGAAGAGUAGCAGCAGAAUACAGCGAUGCCAACAAUGAUGAUGCAGCGCUGAUGAACGACGAUGAUAUAUCCUUGUGGGACAACACCGAUGAACCAGCAAGGUACACGGAUUUUGUAGAUGAGGACGAGGCGAAUGUUUUCGCGAGUGGAGAUUUAGAUGAAGAGGCGGAUAUUGGGGGGAGGGGAAAGAUGACUAGAACUUAG